AUGAGCGGGGAGAGACAGCAAGUGACGCACGGUGGCGCAUAUCCCGCUGGUGGUGGCUAUCCUCGCUCUGACGACGAUGACUUCCGCGGGGCAGCUGAGCACGCAAGCCGUCAUGCGGGGAGCUCCGGCGACAGCGACCUGUUCUCCAGCUUACUAGGUGCCCUUACCCAGAAGAAGCAGUCCCUUGCCGAAGAAGAUGUAGAUGAGGAUGAUGCUGUAAAGCAGCACAAGCGCUUUUUCGAGCGUGACGACAAUGACGAUAAUGAUAACGAGGCAGACGAUAAGAGCUUAGGUUCUGCCGCUGCCAUGCAAGCUCUCAAGCUAUUUACUAGUGGUCAGAGCGAGAGCGCCCAUGAGAGUAGCAGCCAGAGUGCUUUUGUAGGUCUCGCCAUGGCUGAAGCUAGCAAGCUCUUCGACCAGAAGGCUUCUCAGGGCAAGGUCUCCAGUGAUAGUAGCAAGGAGUCCGCCGUGAUGAAAGCUGGCGAGAUGGCCCUAAAGAUGUACCUGAAGAGCCAAGGCGGCGGCAAGGCGCAGUCCUCGGGAUCAGGUAUCCUCGGCCUAGCAUCCAAGUUCCUAGCAUAA